CCAGUUCUCCAUUGCAGAAGUGAAACAGAUCAGCAGAACAACUGCACACAUGAUCGUGCAUGUGCUGCUGGCGCUUAAGAGACGCAAAGCAGAAGAAAGGGCAGAAAGACCUCGGACGGACGACGGCCGGCCGGCGCCAUGCUGGGCGAAGGCUUCCUCAGAGCGCUGCCCUACACGGAGGAGAGAAGGUUCGCCUCCAGGCGGAACAAAGCGCAGGCACGCAGAUGCAGCACGGACGCGCUGAACUGUGCUGAGACAGAACUACGGACAGAAGCAGGUCCAAACGAGGAAGCAAUAGACUCCUCCCAGCCUCAGGCACUCAAAGAGAUGCCUCAGGCACUUUCAAUUCCUGGGUGUUCCCCUCUCCAGCACCCUGACUUAACACUGUGCAUAGACAACUGCAGCCUCCUGGAACAGUACCCAGACCUGCAGGUGGCCGACACGGGCCGCAUCUCCCACAACCCACUGAGAGCACCCACAGCCCAGCAGGGUUCACACAGUCCCUGUGCAGGGCAGCAUCCAGAAUGGACAGUCCACCACAGGCCACAGGACGACCCUGUGUCAUCCGUACCAGACCAGGGCUACCUGGUCAUGGGGCCCAGCGAGGACGUCAGCCUGGACCUGCCUGGAUUAGAGCCCAUGUCUAACUCUGUGCUGAACGGAAUGCUGGACAAGCAGCUGGAGGAGUUCUGGAUGCAGCACCUAACUGACAACCUGGCUCGAUGCAACUCCCACCUGGGGAACAGCAUCCUGCACGGCCUGGUGCAACCGCCGCAGCCCUGCAGCCACCGGCAGGGCCCGGACUCGCUGGAGCCCAGUCUGGGGGAGGGAUCGGAGGACAGCGAUCGGAAGAUUAGCUACCUGCACACCCACAACUUAGGCCCCUGCUCGUCCAACUUUAGCUCCCCCGUGCUGAGGAUUUCAGAGUCUGAGAAUCCUCACGUGCAGUGACACACACACACACACACACACACACACACACACACACACACACACACACACACACACACACACAAACUGCAAUUUUGCUUCAACCCGUAAGGCACAUCUUUGAAACAAAACAUUCAUUUUUAUCAGCAUCUAUCUACAUACUGUAGGGUCUUUGUUUACCUGCUCUCAUGUGCCACCUGCUGUUCUAAUUCUGUUACUACACAACACUCAAUGUCAUUUGUCACAUUAAUUUUUUUUCAUUAUAAUGCAUGCAUCUGUGUUUACAUUAAAUAUUAAAAUUGACAGCUAUAUGACAAAAUAGUUGAUUUUGUGUCAUUUAUUGUUUAAAUGACCUACAACAUAAUAACAGGAGCUGCUAUAAUGAAUGUGGAAAUGACACAUUUUCGACAGUUUGACAAGAAGAAAACAUGUUCAAAUUCCAGAGGAUAUUUUCAGUUUUCAGUUUUUUUUCAGUUUGCUCAUCAAAACAUAGAGAAAUAAAAAGUAAAGCACUAUGUACAAUCUAUGACUGAGAAAACACAUAAUAAAAGACGUGAACAUA